UUUAAAAAACUAAGGAGAGAAAAGCAGCCUAAGGUAAGACCAACUUUCUCAGUUUUAUUCAGCUGCCGCCUCCUUCCUUGCGAUCGUACCUCUCUGCUUUGCGUCGUCCAACUGCGUCUUCGAGCUGCAGUGGGCAUUGCCUAAAUAUUCAAUACUGCAUCCUCAAUCGGUCCGGUCUUCCUUCUCAGUAUUGACUGUAAGAUAAUAAUAAUUUUAGAGAGGAUGAGUGCUGGUGGUUUGAAGGGCAUGAUAGGUUCAGCUGUCGUAGCAGGGGUUACUGAAGCUAGGGCAAGAAUAUUUGGACAUAUACUUAACCCAACUGGGCAGAGAUCACCUCAUAAGAUUUUACGCAAAAAGCUCAUUGGUGACAAGGUUGCAGAAUGGUACCCGUAUGACAUCAAGAACGAUGAUCCACUUGUCAUGGCCCGGCAAGAAGAAGAGCGCUUAUCUAAGCUUGAAAUGUUGAAGAGGCGUGGUAAGGGACCACCCAAGAAAGGCCAAGGAAGACGUGCUGUUAAACGCAGCAAGUAGAGGCAUUACCUUCCCAAUUGCUUGAUCAGUUUUCCCAGAUCAAAUGCUUGCUUGUUGAUACUCAGUUUGGCAGUCAACAUCCCAAGGGGUUGCCGCUUUUACAAAGUUUAAUUGCAAUGUCAUAAUGACUUAUCGGAGAGGUGCAAGAGAAAGGCCUUUCUGACUUAGUUUUUGGGAUUAGUACUUUAUUUAUUUUAUUAAGAUACUACAAAUAUGCAGUGAUAAUAAAUUUCUAAGAUCAUUGAUCUCAUCUUCUUUCGGGUUCCUGACUUUUCUGCUGCGUUUGCAUUUACCAUCUCUUUGGGAUUUCAAACAGAUCAAAUGACCGAGAGAAAGGGAGGAUUUUAGAUAUGUUUAUUACUCUUAAUGACCAUGUGCUGUCUGUUUCAUUCUUACACCAUGCAAUGGUUCCUAUGAGAAGUAGAUUCUAGAGGUGCGUAUCUUAUGGGAUCCAAAAACAUCAUGGCCCUGUGCCGCUAGAAAAGAAUCCAUAUCUGGUAUAUGAGUUGCUAAUUGUAAUCCUACUGAAAGGCUAAUGUCAUAAACCAAGAUCCAGAGGAUUUAUUGAUUAACCACUGCACAAACGUUUGGCAAAAACGUCAGAUGUGCAAGUUCCAUUGCAAGAUAACUAUUGUAGUCUGGCCUCACGUGGACAGUUCCGGCACUCGCUGCUCUUAUUUGUUGAAGCCUGAUUG